AUGUUUCCCCUGCAGCUGCUCGCUCUCAUCUUCAUCACGCCGAGACACGACGUGAAGGAGAGGAGGAGGCGGAGAGAGGAGGAGGAGGAGGCGGACGGACGGACGGGGAGGAGGACAGACGGGAAGCGUGAGCUGGUUCUCAGGAGGGGAGACCUGCUGGAGGUUCCCAGGACUCUGUUCACACACUUUGGGAUUUACCUGGGGGGAGGCAGAGUUGCUCACUUCAUCCCAGACAUCAUGCCCGUCGUCUCCAGCGAUCAGCGUCGAAUCAGACAGAUGGUCACCAACAGCAGGCUCCUACUGGGAGUACUGGCCAAGUGUGGCAGCGUGAGGGUGGACUCAGUGGAGGACUUCGCCUACGGAUCAGAAAUACUCAUCAACGCCGUCGACCAGGUGUGCAGCCGCCCGGCCCUGCAGGCGGAGGAGGUGGCCAGGAGGGCGGAGAAGCUGCAGGGUCACGUGUCCUACAGCCUGCUGUGGUAUAACUGCGAACACUUCGUCAUGUACUGUCGAUACGGCACCGUCACGAGCUUCCAGACGUUUCAGUUCUGUAAGACAGUGAGGAAGCUGUUGCUGAGUCGGCGUGUUGCCAAGGCGACGGCGGUGAUGGGGCCAUGUCUGCUCCUCUACCUCGGAGCUGCGACCACCUGCUCAGCCCUGCUGGCCAUCCUGCUGCCCUUCCUCAUCUGGAUGGCCUCAUAAACACACACACACACACACAGUCUGCAG